AUGAAGAUUUCCCCUACCACAACUCAUCCUCUAUCAUCAGCAUGUCUUAUUGUAUUGCUCGCCAAGUCGAAUUUGACAAGAGCCACAUAUUCCAUCGUGGCCGUGGAUCGAGAGGAUCAAUUUAUUGGGGGAGCUGGCGCCACUUGCGUCCAAGGAAGAAAUGUAUUGGCCGCCCUUUAUCAUGGUGUUCCAGGAUUUGGUGUCCUCCACACCCAGGCUGUCACUCUGGAAGGUGAUUCUGAGGCUGUUUUGACUGCUCAAGACAUGAUUCAGAAUGAAGAAGAUCCUGAGAUAAUUCUGGAAAGAAUGCGAAACCUCGACAACAAUACCCUUCGCUCCCCAAUCUACUUGGACUUGUACGGCUUUCCCGACACUGUGCCAGACUAUGAGUUUCGCCAGAAUGCAGUUGUGGAUUUGAAAGGUAGAGCAGCUGCUUACACAGGACCUAGCAUUGCGCCCUUGUACGAAGCUCUUGGCACUUUUGGCACAUCACAAGAAGACAAUCAGGGGACCAUUGGAGACCGCUUUGCUUACUCGGUCCAGGGCAACGUAGUAGAAGAACUCACUGUGUCGGUCGUGGCUAAGGGUUUUGCAGGCCUGCACGACCCUCGGGGAGAAGGAUGCGAUCUACCUGAUCGCAUGAUGAUUGCCUUGCUGGCUGUUCCUGAUACCGGUACCGAUAGUGGGGAUGCGCGUUGUAUUCGUGCGGAUCUGGAUCCUAAAGAAGCUGUGGGAACCCCAGCGGCAGGGGCCUUUAUCAAAGUAGAAGCAGCGGACUCCACUGUUUUGCUGGAGCUUAACGUUAUUGGUGAUGGGGUGAAGGACCCUACUGUUGAGCUGAAGUCAAUGUAUGACGACUGGCGUCUUCGAAAUCCGUGUCCCGGUGGAUCCACGGCAACCACUGCAUCGUCUGACACAAUCACUCCAACUGCAACAGAUGCCCCGACUCCAGCUGCCCAUUCCAGUGGAGAUCCUUGCAGCAGCCAGAUAGUGUCUGCCAGUGUCACUGUGGGAACAGUUCUGAUCUCGUUUUUGGCCUCUAGCUAG